AUGUCUUCUCAGGAGCUACUCCACGAGCCACCAUCCAUAUCACCAGAAGAGUUCGAGUUUGGAAGACUAAAACCCCUUUCACAUAGUGCUGAAAGCAUCUCAAAAGCCAUCAUACAAUUCAACAAGCGAGAGACCUAUAGUGUAUAUUCGAUGGCUGAGGACCCAUGCCCACGAAGACGAAUGGGGGCGGAAAACUUUAAGCAUCAUGGCACGUGGAAUCUGGGGAAUCCUCACAACCUUGAAGAUAUCAAGAAAUACUUUGGCUACUUCAAUGAUGUUUAUUUCAACGGACUUUUGACUGGCUACUGCACGCUAGAGCUAGUGGACGGAGGUGCGAUGAAGAGACGUUAUGGCUCCGAUUGCGGAGGCCGCUGCCAACCUUACUUUCCCGGAGAAGAAAUAGAUAGCCGUCACAAGGCCACGAAGCCUCAGAUAAUCAUCACGAUACGAAGCCUAGCAAAUUAUAGGGACAAAUACGCUGCCAUCAAAGAAUACCACCUUGUCAUAUUGCAUGAAAUGCUUCACGCAAUGUUCGACAUCUUUGAGUGUCGUUGUUAUAGGGGUUGUCUUGAUAGAACGAACCGAGAAGCCAGUGGGGGACAUCAUAUUGCUUGGCAAGCAGCUGCAAAAGCCUUGGAGCGCGGCGUAUGGCUUGGAGCAAAUCCGUUUGAUUUGUACUUCGAUCUGCGCAGAGAAGUCUGCUUAGCUGCUGACAUGAUGCUCGGUAACAAGCUGCCCAACGAAGCCACUCUCCGUAUCCUCCGCCUAGACAUUGAACUGAUAUUAAAGAGUUUGAAAGAGCAGAGAGCAGAAGAAAAUCAAGACUUAAAGGAGCGUAGUGCUUGGUCUAGACUAAUCAGAGCAAGCAAUAGCUGUAUCUCAAAACAGCAGACGGUAGAUGCUUGGGACAGGAACUUUGGCUUCGAAAGAGAUAAGUGGCCGUAUCGAAGCCAUUGCAUGGAGAGAGGGGAACGGGACCUAUGGGGAAUGCCAAGUUCCACCAUAUCUGCAAAUGAACUCUGGCAAUUCAGAGCCUAG